UGAACGUGUAGAUGAAUCUGAUGACAGCAGCUUUCGUGGGAGUCCCUGUAGAACAAGCAGUGCCCUGGCAGCGACGGAGAGGAGGCAGGACAGGCUGUAGAUCCCACAUGAUGUAGUUGCUGAUGAAACUGUCAGAUGAAAAACGUAAGUAUCGUUGGAGCAAAAGAAGCGAUUGUCCACCAUCAACACAAGAGCCCAGCCCUUCACCCAGCCCAACAUCUGUAGUUACCAGUCGUAGAGUUCUCAGUGGCAUUCAGGAGACCAAAUGGAUCCCCAGAUUUCAAGAUCAAGAUUAGAGAUCAACUUCAUACGACUUCUGGAGGAAACACAGCAGAUGGCCAAUGGAAACAAACAGAAAGAUUGGACUUUCGAAAAGUGGAUGGAGGAUCGGAACUUGAUAAUACUGUAUGGGAGCCAGACAGGAACGGCACAGGAAGUAGCUGAGAGAAUUGGCCGAGAGUCUCGUCGCUACUACUUCAUUCCACGAGUGGCUUCAAUGGAUGACUUUCCAGUUGAAGAACUAACCAAGACAUCACUAGCAGUGUUUGUUGCCUCGACAACAGGGCAGGGUGAUGAUCCAGAUAAUAUGAAAACAUUUUUUAGAACUCUGUGGUCACAGAGAAAAUAUAAACAAUUAUUGUCCAAUCUCAAAUUUGGUGUCCUUGGCCUGGGUGAUUCAUCAUAUCAGAAAUUUAAUUAUGUCGCUAAAAGACUGAAUAAUUUGUUGACAUUGUUAGGUGGUAUGCCUAUUUUGAAAAUUGGGCUCGGUGAUGAUCAGCACGAUCUAGGGCCAGAUUAUGUCAUAGACCCAUGGUUGAAUAAUUGGUGGAAUAAAGUAUUGGAAUUGUAUCCACUACCUGAGGGAAGAGAACCUCUGAAUACUUGUGUGCUUCUACCAUCGAAAUAUAAAGUAAGACUGGUAGGUUCAGAAGAUAGGAACUGCAUUAUUGAAGACAAAUAUAUGCCAGAUCCUCAGGAUGAAGCUAGUGCAAUUAAUCCAUUCCUUGCAGAAGUAACAAUGAAUAAGAGAGUCACUUCUCCAGAUCACUUCCAAGAAGUUAGGCUUUUAGAGUUUGAUGUAAAAUGUAUGAGAACAAAACAUAAACCAGGUGAUGUUCUUGUGGUGCAGCCACAAAACUUAGAAGAGCAUGUUGAUGAGUUUAUAAAUGUUCUUGGAUUAAAUCCAGAGCAAAUGUUUUACAUAGAUUCAAAUGACCCAAAUUCUUCUUUGCCUCCUAUUUCCUUGCUUACACGACCUUGCACAAUAAGGGAAUGUGUACUGAGGUACUUAGACAUCCAAGCCAUUCCUAAAAGAUAUUUUUUUGAACUUUUAUCAUUUUUCACAAAGGAUGAAACUGAAAGGGAAAAGUUCAAAGAAUUUGCUUCAGCAGAGGGACAACAAGAACUUUAUGAUUACUGCAAUCGACCCAAGAGAAGUAUAAUGGAAGUAUUGGCGGACUUCCCGCAUACAAAAAAUAAUAUUCCUCUUGACUACUUAUUUGAUUUGAUUCCUCCAAUUAAACCCAGGUCAUAUUCCAUUGCAUCUUCUAACCUUGCAAUACCAAACAGAGUCCAACUUCUUGUUGCUGUAGUUCAGUAUCAUACCAUUCUUAAGCGACCAAGAUUGGGCCUGUGUACAAACUGGCUGUCUAGACAGAGUGUGGGAAAUCUUGUGCCUGUUUGGAUUAAAGCAGGAACUUUAACUUUUCCCCCUCUUUCCUCUGAAGUCAUUCCACCUGUGUUGAUGAUUGGUCCUGGAACAGGAUGUGCUCCUUUCCGUGCAUACAUACAAGAAAGAGUAGCAAGUGGCUAUCACAAGAAUGUGGUUCUAAUUUUUGGAUGCAGAAAUAAGGAUAAAGACUACUUCUUCAAAGAGGAGUGGGAAACACUAGUAGAAGAGCAGAAGCUAAAGUUGUUUUGUGCUUUUUCUCGGGAUCAAGAAGAAAAGGUGUAUGUACAGCACAGGAUAAGAGAAAAUGCUUCUGAUCUCUGGACGCUUAUAGAAAACCAUCGAGCAAUGAUUUACUUUGCUGGUAAUGCUAAAAGGGUCCCAAUUGAUGUAUAUGAAGCCCUAACCUAUCUAUGUGAAAAAGGUAGAGGGCAAGGAAAAGAAGAUGCUGAAGCAUACAUGAAGAAGAACGUAGAGAAAAGAUACCAGACUGAAACAUGGGCAUGAAAAAGAAAUAAAUAUAUGUUGUAUAAUAGUCGAAUAAUGUCUGUGUGUGUGUGUGUAAAUUCUACGUAGCUCUGAUGCCUUACUUCCUCUCACGAGUUCCCCAAUCAGGGGAACAGCAGAAAUUUCUCUAAGAGGCUCUAUUGCUACACAAACCUUUACUAAUAGUGUAUAAGCAUUUUAAUCCUUACCCCCCCUUCUGUUUUGUUUGAACAGUACCUAUAUAUUGUUGCACUCUUUCCAUCCCAUAACACACUGCAUUUGCCUCUAUUGUUUGAUCCCUAUAUUUCAUCUCUGUACACUCAUCUCAUUAAAUGAUUCACAGGCA